GCGAUCUUUUCCAAGGGCUGCCAGACCGAACGACGCAUGCGAUGGGCUCCAAUGUCUGAUACCUUUCGUUCUUGCCAUCAAUCACAUACAAUCUUUCACUUAUUUCUCUCUACGCACUGCCACCAUGCGUCUACAGCACUCAUUUGUUGCUCUAGGUCUCCUCUGCAGCAGCUCUGCAGCACCUCCUCUCUAUGCGCGACAGAACGAAACGACAUCCAAUGCUACAUCAGUCGCCGCAGCCCCUACAGCAACCAUCUAUCCCGAUACAUCCCAGGGUCAGCCCAUAGAGAUAGUAGGCACCACAAAUCCGAAUUUCAAGACCGAUGCCUACCUCGGGAUACCCUUUGCGAAGCCUCCUAUUGAUGAUCUCCGAUUUGCCCCGCCCGAGGCAUACACAUACAACACUAGCUCCUACACCGUCCAGACCUCGCCGGCGGCAUGUAUGCAAGACCUCAGCUCCGGGACAUUCUCCUACGACACCGAGAUCUCCGAAGACUGUCUGUUUCUCAACGUCUUUACUCCUGCUGGUGUCAACAUCACCGAUGAACAGUAUCCUGUCAUGGUAUGGGUUUAUGGAGGAUCCUUCACUUCCGGGGCUGUAACUCCCUAUAACGCUUCUCUUCUCAUCGCAUACGGGCAGGAAAUCGAUCGACCGAUCGUUCACGUUGCCCUCAACUAUCGCCUUGGCGCAUUUGGAUGGGGUGUCGGAUCUGGCUUCGCAGAGAACAACGCCACCAACCUCGGUCUCCGCGACAUCAAGUUGGCUCUCAGCUGGGUUCAAGAGAAUAUUUGGGCCUUUGGGGGCGACCCAAAAACGGUUACUGUAUUUGGCGAGUCUGCCGGCGCUAUAGCAACUUCACUGCUAUUCCUCGAUCCCGAGACCGAGCUUUUCAGUCAAGCAAUCAUGGAAAGUGGUGCCCCCUCGACCUCGCCGAUUGGCCCUGAAGCCAGUACUUGGGAAGGCGCCUACGAAGCCUUGUUGUUGGCUUCAAACUGCUCCAGCAAUUCUACCAUCUCUCCCAGCAUAACGACAUCUGCCAACGGGACUAGCUUGUAUGCGACUGGCUCGUCAUCCCCCUUCGACUGUCUCCGAGCCCUUCCGGCCGGAGAUAUCCUUGCCGCACAGAUCCUUGUCAAGAACAUGACGGUGUUCCAGACAGGCUUCAUUUAUGGCCCGACGAUAGAUGGCGAUCUCAUUCCUGAUUCUCCUCAUUCCCUCAUCGGGCAAGGCAAGGUCGCAAACAAACCGUUCAUCACCGGUAACAACAAAGACGAAGGUACACUCUUUGUACCAUCUACGAUUUCCGACACUACCCAAGGACUUCUGCUUCUCAACUUGUUGGAGCCUAUCGGCCUCAGUAAUGAGACUUUCGCAAAACUCUUGCGCUAUUAUCCAAAUGACACUACGUUGGGCUCACCGUUUGAUACUGGAAACGAAACCUUUGGUCUUGACCCCUCUUACAAGCAGUUCGCUGCCAUCCUCGGCGAUGCCCAAUUCCAAGCUCAGCGCCGAUACUUUUUGAGGCAGGCAAAUCAAAACGGCAAUGCCAAGACAUGGACCUACCAGUUUGAACAGCCUACACCCGGAAGCCCUGGGUAUCUUGGUGUGUACCACGCUAGCGAGAUCCCAUUUGUCUACGGUGCGGCAAGGCCAGGGAUCGGGCUGGCAGGUUUCUCCAUGAAUUACACCGAAGCCGACAGUAUACUUUCUAACAGUAUAAUGGAGUACUGGCUCAACUUCGCUCAUUACGCUGACCCCAACGGCCCUGACGGCACUUCGUCCUCCAACGCUACUUACUGGCCCGCCCACAACAUUGACGAUAAGCAAAUCCUCCGUCUUGUUGCGAACAACGUGACCGUGUUCACGGACGAUUAUCGGGAGGAGGCGAUGUCGUACUUUGUGAACAACCCUACUGUGUUCAACCAAAGGCGAUCCUUUGAUUUCUGAUGUCGACUAAUUAGCUAUGAGAAUGCGUUGAUGAUCUUGAUCUUGCAGGAACAUCAGCGUUGAUUGAAAGUUCGUAUAUUCGCUUGGUCUUGUCAUCACACUCAUCUUCAAGUCGGUCAAGUUUGAUAACAUCUUCUUUUCGAUUUGUACGAGUACUUGCACUUACAGUAUGAUGUUCGAAAACUGCAUUAUAACUGGAUGUCCGCAAGAAUGUUUUGAUCUUUCUCGAUUACUUUCAUCUCAAUGCAGGGUUGUAUUCAUCCAGCCAAAGAUCAUUUCUAUCUAUCUCGAUUAUUUCUAUCUUGCUCUUGGAUGCUAUUGAUCGAGGCGAGAUUUGUGUGCCCGGUUGGUGAUCUUGGUUGUGUGUGUUCAGCUGUUUCGGAGAGAUCUUUGUACUGUAGCCAUAAGAGAGUAGAAUUGAGCCUAGAUCAAGAUUAUGCCAUAUGCAACAUUUGAUCCAGA